CAGAUGGAUGCCGUAUAAAAAGCAAAAACGAAGAAUUUGAGUCAAACAGCAAACCACAACAUGGACGGGUUCAAGCUUCAAAGCAUCAACCUGCAACAGGUGCAAAAUCAGAUUCGCCACAAGACCGAUGGUCUAAGUUCCAGCACUCUGGUUCUGCGGAGAGGACAGGCUUUUACAGUACUACUCAGCUAUGAAGGGCGGCCAUUUGAUCCAAUGACGGAAAAACUUAUCUUCCGAAUUAUUCUAGGUCCGCUGUCUGUGGAGGUCCCAGUCUCCAUGUCCGGACAGCCCUCUCCGACUCAAUGGAGCGCCAUUCUGGAGAGGGGCGUCUCGGACCCUACUGGCCCACGUGCUCUAUCUGUAUCACUGUCCAGCCCUGCAUCUGCUUCUGUUGGCGUCUACACGCUCCAGCUGAGAGUCGAGAACCGCUGGACAUUGAGAACAUAUCUGUUCGGCCAGUUCACGCUCCUCUGCAACCCCUGGUCCCAAGCUGAUUCUGUAUUCCUGCCGUCGGAGGAUCUGAGGAAUGAAUAUGUGAGGAAUGAUUUUGGCCUGCUGUUCAAAGGAAGCCCUGGUAACAUCGCCGCCAGACCCUGGUCGUUCGAUCAGUAUGAAAAAGGAAUACUGGACAUCUGUAUGAAACUGCUGCAGUUGAGUCCUCAAUAUCAAGCGGACAUGGGUAGAGAUCUGCAGAACCGAAGCAAUCCGGUGUACAUUGGCCGUGUGAUCUCAGCGAUGGUGAACUCUAAUGAUGAUAGAGGGGUGUUAGCUGGAAACUGGUCAGGUGAAUACAGCGAUGGCGUCAACCCUUCAAAGUGGUCCGGCAGUGCAGAUAUUCUCAGGAUGUGGGCAGAAACGCAAUUCAAGCCUGUGAAAUACGGACAGUGCUGGGUGUUUGCUGCUGUCAUGUGUACAGUAAUGAGAGCCCUUGGCAUUCCCACUCGAGUCAUCACCAACUUCAACUCCGCUCAUGACACGAACAAUAAUAUGGUGAUUGAGGAAUAUUACAGUGAGAUGGGGGAAAAACUGUCCUUCGGCAAGGAUAGCAUCUGGAACUUCCAUGUGUGGGUGGAGAGUUGGAUGAAGAGGCCUGAUCUGGGUCAAGGUUAUGACGGAUGGCAGGUUCUUGACCCCACACCACAAGAGAGGAGCGGAGGAACAUUCCGCUGUGGUCCUGCUGCUGUUAAAGCUGUUUAUCAGCAGAAGGUGGAUGUGCAAUACGACGUGCCGUUCGUUUACGCAGAAGUGAAUGCGGAUGUCCAUAUAAUGAUCGUCAAAGAUGGGAAGGUAUUAUCAACCAGUGUUGAUAAAAAAAGAGUUGGAGCCCUGAUCUGCACCAAAUACCCAGGAGCCAUGCGUAUGCAGGAUGUCACGUCUGAAUACAAAAAUGAGAGGGGUGAAAGCAUGAUGCGUGCAAUGAGCAGUACUGCUCGCAGUGGUGAAGGUGCUACAGGAAGAAUGGCACCUAAGGGCGUUGCAGUUUCUCUCCAGCUUCUAAAAGCGCCUGUAGUCGGAGAAAACAUUUCUUUCAACGUCAUAAUCACUAACACAGUCGCUGUUCCGAAACUGCUAAGAAAACACGUCAACGCUCAGAACAAGGAGUACAACCGCAAUCCCACUAGGACCUUGUGGGAGGCUCAUGAUGACUUGAAAAUCGGCCCGAAUGAAACUGUGACAAUAAAACAUGAAAUCCCUUUCAACAACUACAUGAUGGAGGAGGCUGAGGAGGAUUAUCUGGUUAAUCUGACUGUGGUUAUUGAGGAUGUGAAAUCUCAGGAGAGAGUGCUGGCAACAGAAGAGUUCAACAUCCGCAGCCCUACCCUCAAUGUACAGAUUCAGAAUGAGAAUGUGAGCGUCAACACACAGCAAGUGGCCACAGUGAACUUCACCAACCCGUUCAGUGUUCCAGUGAGCGGCGAACUGACUGUAGCCUGUUCAGGACUUCAGGAGAGGUUUCAAACAAGGCUUACAGUCCAGCCUCGAGAAACCAUGAAGAUCCCUGUCAGUUUCACUCCCAGGUUGGCAGGUGCCAAGAUGAUUUAUGCUAGUUUAGUGUUGAGGAAUCCACCCAUUAUCCUCCAUGGAUUUAAGACCAUUAAUGUUCAAGCAUCUUAGAGUGAAGCACCUUUAAAAAUGAUUGUGAACCCUCAAUAUGAAGUACUAUUUAAUGUUCUUCUAAUACUGUCAGCUUUUUCUAAAACGCUUAUAAUGUGUCCAACACUUUUCAACAAGUCAGUAUUAGAAAUGUUUUUCCUGCUGUACGUUUAUACUCAUUGAUGCUGAAGUCUGCCCUCUGCUGGAAAAUGUAUGUGAACAGAUGGCAAACAAGUAUAAUGCAUUGACAUUCUAAGAAGAAUACUUUUUUUGAGGCUUAAUAAUCUUGAAUAUACAGUGAUUUUUACAGUGAAAAUACAGUGAUAUUUACAGUGAUUAAAAAAAGAAAGCAGUGAAAGGUUUUUCAGAGACUAGUUUAUUUUAAAAAAAAAAAGACCAUAAAUUACAUCAGUGCUUCUGUAACUUUGGGCAUUUUUUUUGUUCCAGGGAUUAGUAAUAUUUUUUUACUGUUAUGUAUUUAUUUAUUUAGUUUGACAUUGAAACAACAUUGAAAUUAAAACUGUCCUGGAAACUUUUUACAGUGUCUAAUUGUCUUUGUGUUAAAAUAUGUAUCAGGAAAAAAAAAUAAAAACAUUCAUCUUAUUUUAAAUUUUAAAUACUCUUAUAUUCUUAAUCUACAUGAGAAACCGUAACAGUGAUGGUAAUACCACAAAUUAAAGCUAAUGUACUGCACAAUAAUAAUAAUCAUUGUUUUCCAUUACAAGUAUCUAAACAUUAAUAAAUCAAUGUGCAUUUACAAAAAUGGCAUAAGAUAUUGUUUUACUUUCAAAAACUCAAAUUUGAGUUAUUGCUUAAGAUGAGAGAAAAUAUUUGCCAAACAGACGAGAAAAAUAAUUUAUUUUCCUAUUUCACAAUUGUUUACAGUUUUUCCCCCUAUUAACAGCGAAAACUAACUAAAUUGUGAUGCAUCUUUCAAAUAAAUAAAUAAAUAAAUAAAAAGA